CAACACCACGUGCGAAAACACAAAUGUUCGGGUCGCUUCUCUGAUUCGAAUUGGAUUUUUAUUUUUUUGUUUGGCAAUUGCUGAAGAGAGUGAUGGCGAGGCACACGAGGAAAGGAAGGAAUCCGGGACCGGUCGAUGAGUGGCUCGAUACGCUUGGGUAUUACAGGAAGAACGUUGCUUACGAUGAAACGUGCCUCUUCAGGGCGGUUUCCGAGCAGUUGUUUGGAUGCCAAUUGUUCCAUGAGAAGAUCAGGAAGGAUUGCAUUGAUUAUGGGAGGGUGAAUCACAGGCAGUUCUUGCAGUGUUUUGAGAAGAGAUCAGAUUGGGACAUCUAUUUGGACCGGUUGGGUAAGCACAUGGCUGUGUGUGGGCAGACUGAGAUCCAGUUGAUCAGCAAAACCUAUAAGAAAGGCGUUUUGCUGUUUGAUGGGCUCACCAGGUGCAUGAAGGAUGUCACCAAUCUGAAUCCUUAUGAUGAUGAUAUGCUGUUGUGCCAUAUGGGUGAGGAUCAUUAUGAUGCUGUUUACAAGAAGGAUUAUAUCCAAGAUGCUGGCUUUUGUCAAUCUAUUGUCUACAGUGUUCUGUAUGAAAACGUUUUCCAAAUCCCAAAGGUGAGCAACAUAGUGCAAACUAUGUUAUACCAAAAGCCACCAGCUGGAAACAGUUCGGAUUUGGAAGUGACUGAUAUUAACAGCAAUGUAAAGGAUGCAAAGGUUAAAUCCAAUCACGAUGAUGAGAAGGGCUUCAACGAUCUGGAGUACAUGCUGAAGACGAGCAUCGCACCGUUCCCGUUCAAGGUGGCCAAAGCCCUGGAUCCGACCAUCUACAGAAACAUCGAGUACGACACUUGGACCGAGAUGAGGAAGGAGAUGCGUCUCGGGGAUUGGUAUUACGGCGACGCGAAUUUGAUCCAAGGCACCGGGUGCGUCCUGCACGACAACGACGAGCAGUUGAAGUGCUACAUACAGGAGAUACUGAAGAACGAGAAGUGCGUGGUUUACAUCACGUCGCGCGCGGAGAAGCGCACCGUGAACAUCAAAGACCUGAGGCCGGAGGAGGACGCGAAGCCGUGGCCUCUGCCGUACAGGUUUUCGAAGAACCUGGUGCUCUCCAUUCCGAAGAUCGAGUUGCCGGACAAGAAGGGUUUGAGGAAGAAGCGCGAGAAGAAGAGGUGCAGCAGCAAGUGCAGCAACGAUUCAGAGUCGCAGGUCGAUAACGUCGAAGCGGCCACAGCCGUCGUGAGCGCUUUCGAGGGCGCGCCUUUGCAAAUGCAAUCGGAUAUUAUGGAGGCGCAGCAGCAGCAGCAGCAGACGGUGGACGCAGUUAAAGAAGGAGCAACUUCGAUGAUUCCUGAACAAGGGUAUACAUACCAGGAGUACAAUUGGGAGAACUCCGGCGACGUUUCUCAGGAGCAAAUCAUGUGGGCUCAGGUGCCGACAACAUCGCAGAGCGUCUACUUCAAUGUGAAGACUCCGGAUGUAUACCAGACUGCAGAUCCUAGGUUCUACUAUCCGUCCGAGUCGUACCAGCCUAGGUACACCGUCUGGCCUAACGGGGAGUACGUCCCGCCGUUGCCUCCUCAAGAUCAGAUCGUGCCGCCGAGUCCGCACGGUACGGAAAUCGGGCAAUCGCCGGAUUUCACGUACAUCUUCAGCAGUGACGGCAGUUAUUCUCCGUCUUGCUACUGCGCGGACAACAAACCGCCGCCACCGUACGCUACUCCUCCUAGCCCUCAGGUGGAAAUGUAUCAACCGGUCUAUCCGACCGCUCCGCCCGUGACUCCGGUAAUUUUGGCGUCGGACAUGUCCGGCAUGAUGAUGCCAUCACCGCAGGUCGCAAUGUACAGUCCAGGUAUAGAGAUGCCCUUCAUCCCGACAUCUCCCUUCAUCUAUCCGCCCACACCACCUGCGGCCUGGUAUCCAUCUGGGAUCAACUCGCAAGGUUUCAUUUUCCCAACCGCAAACGCUCCAACAGCGAACGGAUCCAAAUAAAUCGAUCAUUUCACUAGUUUAUUAGCAAAACUUAUCGAAAGUCUGAUUUAUUAUAUAUGAUAUAUACUUGUUGUUGUUGUGUUCAAUGUUUAUUAAUGUUAUUACCAAUAUUUCUUUUCUGUACGAAAUCCAGAGUUAUAUUUUCAUUGUUAUUCUAGAAUAUCCAUAUUAUUUCACUUUGUUUAUACCAAAUAUAUUUUCAACGUUCUUGUUUUACGG